AUGCCAUUGUUUGUGGAGGAUCCCGGCUGGGAAGCUACACCUUUGGGAAGGCGGCACAACAUCCGCUACCCAGCCGCUCGCCAAAUAGUAGGAAUCAUCAUCUUGUGAGUCAUUGACUGGCCCAAGAUGUCAAGACCUCCUUCAAUCCAUGAGUCGGACUCGCCGAAAGGUCAAUCAUCUGCUCGCACCUCGGCUGAGGAGUCUCGGAGCCAACAGCCACGGACAGAAGCACAGAAAAAACGUGCCAUACAGCGGCCGACAUGGAUUCCCAUAGGACCUACCCAAUCGCAAGUCAGCAUGUUCACAGGAAGGGCAGAGGGCCCAGUAUCACCCGCGCCGUCCUUGAGAUCAGACGAUGGCCAUUCCGCUCUCAGCCCCAUGUCGAUAGAUCGCGUCUUCCCUAUUCGCUCGGCUGUGUCCAUUGAUCCUACCGCCACCCCCAUGCCUAGGGGAGAAUCAGGUUCAGGAUUUCCCGGAAUGAGGCCUGUUGCAGGCUCAAGGACAUCGACGGCGCGAGGCCCAUCAGGAGUGGCUGGAUCUCCGCCCAAUCCGUCAGCAUCAGGACAGAAGACAAUAUCAGAAGCCGGAGAACCGGCUUCGGAGCGCGAGCGUGAGCGUAGCCGCGAGAGCCACCGCAGGAGCACCUCUACAGGCAGACAGGCCACCAUCCACGUUGACAGUGGGGUGCUUGCCAAUAUUCUUCAGUCAUCAGAUGGCCAUUCAUCCAAGUCAGAAGUGUCCAGUAUGUCAGGAGGAGUCUCUUUGGCGAUGGCACAGGAACCUGCCCUGGUGACGGCUCGCUUCAAACACAUAGUGACUGAUGGAGGACACGCCGUUGUCACUGGCAGAGACGGCGAAACACUACAACGAUGUGAAGACGAACCUAUACACAUACCCGGUGCGAUACAGAGUUUUGGGCUUCUCGUUGCUCUCAGAGAGGAAGACGAGAAAUUUGUCGUCCGUGUGGCCAGCGAGAACUCUGCUAAGAUUCUCGGUUACACGCCACAGCAACUGUUCAAAAUUGACUCGUUCCUGGACAUCUUCAGCGAUGAGCAAGCGGACAACCUUCUUGACCACCUCGAUUUUAUUAGGGAUGAAGGUGCUGGAGAUGCAUCGUCGAACGGGCCAGACGUAUUCAUGCUUUCCAUAAAGCCUCCUCAUGCAAGGACGCGGAAACUCUGGUGUGCAAUGCAUCUGUCAGAAAGUGACCCUGGGCUGAUCAUCUGCGAAUUUGAAAUCGAGGACGACCAGAUGAAUCCGCUAAGACCCAAGGAUGACAUAACUCCCGAACACCCGGAAGAUACCCUCGGGAGCAACCCAACACAAGAGGAAUUGACCGACAGCACCGUCAACAUCAACAAACCGUUGCGUGUUCUUAGGAGUGCACGCAAAAAGCGAACCGAAGCCGCAGCCAUGGAGGUAUUCAACAUCAUGUCACAGGUGCAAGAACAACUCUCGAAUGCUCCGUCCCUUCCAGUCUUUUUGAAAGUCCUAAUUGGCAUCGUCAAAGAACUGACGGGGUUCCAUCGAGUCAUGAUCUAUCAAUUUGACCAGUCCUUCAAUGGACGAGUCGUUGCCGAACUCGUCGACCCAAGGGCAACACGAGACCUUUUUAAGGGGUUGAACUUUCCAGCAUCAGACAUCCCUAAGCAGGCAAGAGAACUGUACAAAAUCAACAAAGUUCGGCUUCUUUAUGAUCGUGAUCUAGAAACGGCUCGUCUAGUAUGCAGGACUAUGGAAGACCUUGAGAAGCCGUUGGACAUGACACAUGCGAACCUGCGAGCAAUGUCACCCAUUCACUUGAAAUACCUCGCUAAUAUGGCGGUGCGAUCGUCGAUGUCCAUCUCCAUCAAUGCUUUCAACGAGUUGUGGGGCUUGAUAGCUUGUCACUCUUAUGGGCAAAGUGGUAUGCGGGUUUCGUUCCCCAUUCGCAAGAUGUGCCGUCUCGUUGGAGAUACAGCAUCGCGAAAUGUCGAGCGUCUCUCUUAUGCGUCAAGACUUCAAGCACGCAAACUCAUCAACACGACCUCCUCUGCUACAAAUCCGUCUGGGUAUAUCGUAGCUUCAUCAGAAGACCUCCUGAAACUCUUUGAUGCCGACGUCGGCGUUCUUUCAAUCCGAGACGAGACGAAAGUCAUGGGAAGGUCCAGAGGUCAUCUCCAAGAAGUUCUUGCCAUGGUUGAAUAUCUGCGAAUGAGAAAAACGACUUCUGUGUUUUGUUCCCAGGAUAUCAGCAACGACUUCCCGGAUCUCCGAUACGAACCCGGGUGGAAAUUCGUUGCGGGUGUUCUCUACGUGCCGCUAUCAACCGGUGGAGGUGAUUUCAUUGCAUUCUUCCGCAAAGGAGUCUUGCAAGAAGUCAAGUGGGCAGGCAAUCCGUAUGAGAAGUUCGUCAGAGAAGGGACUGAAGGCUACCUGGAGCCUCGCAGUAGCUUCAAAGCCUGGAGCGAAACUAUCAUCGGUCGGUGUCGAGAUUGGACUGAUGAGGAAGUAGAAACUGCUUCCGUCCUGUGUCUCGUCUAUGGAAAGUUCAUUGAUGUCUGGCGUCAGAAGGAAGCGGCGCUCCAGAACAGCCAGCUGACGCGCCUCCUGUUGGCCAACUCCGCGCACGAAGUACGGACACCACUGAAUGCAAUCAUCAACUAUCUUGAGAUAGCAUUAGAGGGGCAACUUGACACGGAUACCCGUGAAAACCUAUCGCGUUCGCACUCCGCCUCGAAAUCGUUGGUUUACGUGAUCAACGAUCUCCUGGACCUUACCAAGACAGAGGGUGGACAAAGCAUGGUCAAGGACGAAUCUUUUGAUCUCUUGCAAGCGCUCAAAGAAGCCACAGACCCUUUCAUUGGGGAUGCGAAACGCAAAAAUCUGGAGUAUCAUGUUUCGAUCGCGCCCGACUUACCCACGAAGGUCAUCGGUGACCAUCGCCGAGUCCGCCAGGUUGUGUCCAACCUCAUCUCGAACGCCAUUCAGCAUACGAACGAAGGAAGGAUUAUUGUAGAGGCAGCUCUCUCUGCUUCCACUCCACCUCACGGUAAGACCGAAAUAGAGGUGGUUGUUGAAGAUUCUGGUGUUGGAAUGUCGCAAGCUAAAGUCGACGCUUUAUUCAAAGAACUCGAGGAAGUUACAUACGAGGAGGAUUCAAACGAGUCCAAGCUCCUUUCGGCUGAUCCUUUCUUCGAGACGCCUAGCAGCCAACAAAUGGCCCUAGGCCUCGGCCUAGCGGUGGUGGCUCGAACAAUCAGGCAUAUGAACGGACAAUUGCGUGUCAAGACGGAAGAGGGGAAAGGCUCGCGCUUCGUCAUACUUCUAGGCUUUGAUCUUGACAGCGAGGAAACCUCUCAGAGGGACACACCCAAGGCGCUCCCCUCAUCCCGUCCUAGUAGCCUACCUCCUACGCCACAUCCAAAGGAAGGUGAGGUCACCCUGGUUUACAGGAACCCCAAGCCUGACCCUGAGCCUGGAACUCUGGUGCGCAGGGAAAGUGGAGAAAGCAUGCAGAGUUUGACAAGCAUGAAGAGUGGCAAGAGUGGUGCUAGUGUGAAGAGCGAGGCCAGCCAAAAGAGUGACGCCGACAGGCUUAUCAACGCUAUCCAAGAGCCGUUGCGCCUCUUCCAAGAAAGGAGUAACCAGUCCCAGGACUCAGUGAGCCACGCCAAACGCCCAUCGUCGUCUUCAGCGGGAGCUCCAUUGUCUCCUAGCAGAACAAGAAAUAUCUCGUCUCCCCAAGAGCACAUACCUUCGUCCAUCCUCAAACAUUACGGCGCCGAAAGGAUCGCAGACUCUGGAACGCCACUACGUCCAGUCCGCAUACUCGACGACUAUAUUGACAAGACAGAUGGGCCAAAGACUGGGGCCAAGGUGCUUUUCGAGGAGCCCGAGUCAGUGGGGGCGCCGUCUCAGUCCGACACGACGGAAGCAGCAGACAGGUUUUCGAUGUCUGGCUUUUCCGUUCUGGUGGCGGAAGAUGAUCCUAUCAACAGCAAAAUCAUGAAGAGGAGAUUGGAAAAACUGGGACACUCUGCUUACAUGACCGUCAAUGGAGAAGAAUGUGCAUCUGCGCACGGAGAGCAACCUGCAGCUUUUGACGCCAUUCUGAUGGAUCUACAAAUGCCUAUAGUCGAUGGUUUUACCUCGACCAAGAUGAUCCGCUCAUUCGAAAAGACGCAUAUCAACACUUCCUUGUCAAGUCGAGCCAAGCAUAACGGCCGGGUUCCAAUCUUUGCAGUCUCUGCUUCACUGGUUGAGAAGGAAAAGGAAAAGUAUAUGCAGACUGGUUUCGAUGGGUGGAUCUUGAAGCCAGUUGAUUUUAAGAGAGUCGAUUUAUUGCUCAAAGGUAUCACCGAGUCUGAAUCACGAAACAGUUGUCUCUACGAGCCAGGCAAAUGGGAGAGAGGCGGCUGGUUCGAGAAAGCCAGACCAGACGUCUUCGCAGUCGAUACGCAUCCAAGUCAGCAAGGACCUACUGCCCAGACAGAGAGUCGCGAAGACAAGGGCGAGUGGCAGCCGUUAUCGGCUGGGUCAUCACCGCAUUCAGAAGCCACGGUCACACCACUUGCAGAAAAGCUCCAUUAGAGAGUUGGGAUCAUGUCUAGGAGUUGUGCACUGGAAGGCACAGCUGCGGAUCAGUUCACAUUUUAUUUCUAGGCUCGACAGCCCUGCCCAGUUUGAAGCACUACAUGUGUACAGCGCUCCUUGCCGAGAGGAUUUGCGUUAGGUUCUAGCUGAUCGCUGGAAGACCUCUGUUUUGGGCGGCAUCACAUCUGGGCUUGGCGUGGCCGGGCGUAAGCGAUACUUUUCGCGAGCAAGAAUGUUAGCGUCGGUGUUCAAUAUUUGGGUCGCAUGAAACAACCUGGUGAAUCAUAGAAAGCGUGGGAAGCGUGAUGGGACUGCUACAUGGGAGUCUAGGCAAGAAGCCACUGGUCAGGAUGAC